AUGGCGGCCGCUGCCGAACGUGUGGUCGCGGUAGCGCCUCCGGGCUACACGGCUCUGGCGGUGAAGUUCGGGGAGCGGCAGCGCUCGCCGCACUGCUUGUUGGUGAAGGAGCACCAGGUUCGGGAGGGGGCCGGCACCACGCACCCGGCUCGCCGCACCCUCUUCGUCCUCAACGUCCCCCCGUACUGCAGCCGGGACUCGCUGGUCAGGCUCUUCAGCCGCUGCGGGCACGUCCAGUCUGUGUACAUCUGUGACAAGCCAGAGCUGGGAGAGAAAAAAGACAAGUCAACGUCCAAGUUCUUCAACCGCAAAACUGUUAAGGGGUUUCAUGUGGCAUAUGUGGUGUUCAGGAAACCAGCUGCUGUCCAGGCAGUCAAGACCCUGGCACAGGAAGGUCCCUUGCUGAUAUCAACAGAGAGUCACCCUGUGAAGACUGGCAUUAGCAAGUGGAUUGCCAGCUAUGCGGCCUCAGUCGUGGAUCCAGAGGAGCUGAAGGCUGAGGUGGAUGCCUACAUGCAAGACUAUGACAAAAAGAUAGCAGAGGAAGAAGCCAAAGCAGCCCAGGAGGAGGGUGUUCCAGAUGAGGAGGGCUGGGUGAAGGUGACGCGGAAGGGCCGGAAGCCUGGCCUGCCCCGGACAGAAGCUGCCAGCCUGCGAGUGCUGGAGAAGGAGAAGCGGAAAAGGGCCCGCAAAGAGCUGCUCAACUUCUAUGCCUGGCAGCACCGUGAGACCAAGAGAGAACAUAUCGCCCAGUUGAGGAAGAAAUUUGAGGAGGACAAGCAGAGAAUCGCACUGAUGCGAGCCCAGCGCAAGUUUCGGCCGUACUAAGCUGUGCUGAGGUAUUCUUCAGAUGCCUGUGAUGGGGAGAGAGGUGCCCGAGUACUCCAUGUGCCAAAAGCUUUCAAGGAUUGGAGGCAGCUUCACGGUUGUCCCUGCCCUUGGAUCUGAAGUUGGAGAUCCCAGCAACUGUUGUGGGAGGAAGACUUUCCUUGGCUUGCACAGGUAUCCUGCUCUCACGGCUGCUGUUCACUUCCCAGGGCGUCUGGGUCAAGGUACUGAGGUGUUUCCUGUGACAACCUGUAUCUCCUGGCCACCCAAGGCACUCCUAAAGCUUGGUGAAAGCUGUGAUUG